AAAGGCAUGGUGUAGCUAGCUCCCUUCCUAGCUCUUCUCCAUUGUGCUAAGGAUAAGCUAUCUGAUACUUAAGCUUCCUCAUGGUUUUAAAUGCUGAAAUGAGCACGUCACUAGUUCUCUUGAGUUACAGUUCCUUAUCUGUAAAAUGAACAGGUUGAACCAGAUGACCUCUGAGGUGCCUUCCAAUUGUAUAUGUAUAAAAAUGUCCCCAUGUACUAUAAAUACAAGAGAACCCCUGACAAGGAUAAGACUGGUGAUUUCUCCUCCCAUACUAGGUAUACAACUAUUAUUUUGAUCUUUUUCUUGAACCAGAACAGCAGCUGUUGCCACUUUGUGGCCAAAUUAACUAUUUGGAGGUGUUUUUAUAUUUAAGCGCGAUGGGUUGAGACGGAAGUGCUCGUCGGAAGUCCCUCAGUGCUACUCUAUCCUGGUACUACGAUAGAGAUUUCGGAGGACUGUUCUGCUUUACGGCUCCAAGCAGUCUUUACAUUAUUUUCCGUCUUUAUCUUCACUUCGCUGCGAAGAUGGCGUCUGGUAGUGGGACUAAAAACCUGGAUUUCCGCCGAAAGUGGGACAAAGACGAAUAUGAGAAACUUGCAGAAAAACGACUUAAUGAAGAAAGAGAGAAAAAAGAUGGAAAACCAGUGCAGCCUGUCAAGCGGGAGCUCUUGCGACACAGAGACUACAAGGUUGAUUUGGAGUCUAAGCUGGGAAAGACUAUUGUUAUCACCAAGACCACCCCACAAUCUGAAAUGGGAGGGUAUUACUGCAAUGUCUGUGACUGUGUAGUGAAAGACUCCAUCAACUUCUUGGAUCACAUCAAUGGCAAGAAACAUCAGCGGAAUCUGGGCAUGUCGAUGCGUGUGGAACGGUCCACUUUGGACCAGGUAAAGAAACGCUUUGAAGUGAAUAAGAAAAAGAUGGAAGAAAAACAAAAGGACUAUGACUUUGAGGAGAGGAUGAAAGAACUCAGAGAGGAGGAAGAGAAGGCCAAAGCCUACAAGAAGGAGAAACAGAAGGAGAAGAAGCGACGGGCAGAGGAGGACUUGACAUUUGAGGAGGAUGAUGAGAUGGCAGCUGUUAUGGGGUUCUCUGGCUUUGGCUCCACCAAAAAAAGCUACUGAUUCCCUCUGAACUUGUCUUAUUCCCAAGCCUGACUCUGUGGGAUCACUAAUAUCCAAGGCAAUUGGGGAAAUUCUUCAAAGACCUGACAUGUGAAGGGAAGAAAAGAAUUUGUUUCUCUCCCUUACAGCCAGAGUGUGGCCAGGAUCUGGAGAAGUUGGGCUCCAGCCCUCUAAUUUUCAUAUUUAAUGGAGCUGCAGUUCAUCUGUCCUAACUUCCUAAUAAAACAGAAACCUCCCACUCAUCAGCUGCUUCCCCGAAGCUCUUCCUGCAACCAUCCUUUUCCCUUCUCCCUCCCACACUGAUUACCAUAAAAUUACCCAAAUUUCUGCUUUUGUUCUCUUCGAGCCCUGCCUUCUGUACCCUACCUCACCUUACACCUCCAGUGUUCUGGCUGUUUACUCCUAAUGUUCUGUGGCCAUGUGUGUGCACAUAUAGUGUUCUGCCAGGUACUUGUGAGUGUGUGUGUAUGUGUGUGUGUGCAUGAAGAAUUCCUAUAGAGGACUGGAGCCCAAGCCAUAAGGCCACAGCUGCUCUCAUUACUGAUGUCUUAGGCUGCGGGCACCUCCUGUGGCUUGUUUUAGAGCAUGUAAUGGGGAAUUAAAUGGAUGAGUGUUUGCUGUGGUUUGUUUCUGAUGAGUUAUUUGAUCUUUUAUUUAGUCCUGGGCUGUUUUAGCUUUUUAAUUUGUGUAUCUUAGAUGAAAAUUACUCUGUUUUUGUCUUCCUUGUAUUUAGGCUCCAAUAUGAGUUUUAACUGAUGCAAAAAGCCCCAGUGUGGGAUUUUGUGUGUGCCUAGGGAUAAACUAACAUAUAUAAUUAAAGGGAAAAAAGUA